GAGGAACGAGGAGGGGGGGGGGGAGUCAGGUUUCAGCCCCAGUCCCGGUGCUCUGAAGCUGCCUUUGUUUGACUGGGAACCAGAGGGAGAGCAAGAGUGAGGAGGAGGAGGAGGAGAGUGAGAAGUUUUUAGUUUGGAGGCAGUGAAAGAGGGACAGAGCGGGCUCCAUCUCUCUCUCUGUCACUACCAAAUAAAUGAGAAGGGAAAAUCUAGUGUGGAUUUAAGCUCACCAUCAGGGAAGAUGACUUCACGCAUUCCUCCCUGGUUCAUUGGAUUAUCUCUCCUCGUCCUCCGUUUGCGCGGCCAUCACUCCUCCGCCUAUCAGCUGCUGGACGACGGCGGUUCUCAGAGCUCUUUGGACCUGACGGAGCUGAUCGGCGUUCCCCUGCCCCCCUCCGUCUCGUUCGUCACCGGAUUCGAGGGCUACCCGGCCUACAGCUUCGGCCCAGACGCCAACGUGGGCCGCCUCACCAAGUCGUUCAUCCCGGAUCCGUUCCAUCGGGACUUUGCCAUCACGGUGACGGCGAAGCCAACCACCAGACGCGGCGGUGUGCUGUUCGCCAUCACGGAUGCAUUUCAAAGAAUUGUGCAGUUAGGUGUAGCCCUGUCUGAGGUGGAAGACGGUGCCCAGAGCGUCAUAUUUUACUACACGGACUCAGAAACGAGAGCUGGGACCCGGGAGGCAGCUUCAUUCAAAAUGGGAGACCUGACCGGACGAUGGGCGAGAUUUACCCUGACUGUGCAAGGCGCCGAGAUCCGUCUCUACAUGGACUGUGAGGAAUACCACAAAGUGGCCUUCAUCAGGAGCGCCCAGCCGCUGACGUUCGAGGCCAGCUCAGGGAUCUUCGUGGGGAACGCCGGGGGAACCGGCCUGCCUCGGUUUGUGGGUUCCAUCCAGCAGCUGGUGUUGAAGUCAGAUCCCACAGCUCCAGAUGACCAGUGUGAGGAGGAUGAUCCUUAUGCAUCUGGUUUUGGAAGCGGAGAUGGAGAUUACGAGGACUCAAAGGAAGGAGAUGAAGUUAAGAAGAUUGUAGAGGAGCGAGAAUACCCCAUGCCUUUCCCAGAGCUGGAUCCCACAUACAGCUCCACAGUCAGACCUCCGCCCACUGAGGUGUCGCUGAUUGAUGAUGAAGAUGGAGACGUUGAGGAGUCCUCCGGGCAAGAGGUGGAGUCGACCACAGUAAGAGCGACCGCAUUUCGGACCGACGCCUCUGAGGUUCAGCCUGACACUUCCCUUCAGGUGUCUACGGGACAGAAAGGGGAACCAGGGGAGCCGGGUCCAGCUGGUCCCCCAGGACCCCCUGGCCCUCCAGGACAAGCGUCGGCUGAGGGAGGGGACCCUGGACCAAGAGGUCCUCAAGGCCCACAGGGUCCGCCGGGCCCAACUGGACUUCCGGGCAAAGAUGGCGAGCCUGGGAUGGAAGGUGCACAUGGUCUGCCAGGACCAUCAGGAUUCCCAGGACUACCAGGAGAUCCUGGUCCGAAAGGAGAGAAGGGUGACCCCGGUCUGGGGGUUCCUGGUCCUCCCGGGCCUCCUGGUCCUCCUGGUCCAGCCAGCAAAUCUUCUAUGGAGGGGUCUGGAUUUGAGGACUUUGACAGUGACACAGAGGUCAUCAGGGGUCCCCCAGGGCCUCCAGGACCCCCAGGACUACCCGGCCCCCCGGGAGCCCCGACUGCAGGUGUCGCUCCAGGGCCUCCUGGGGUUCCUGGGAGAGACGGAGAGAAGGGAGAAGCCGGACUCGCUGGGGUUGAUGGGAAAGAUGGUGACCCAGGGCCUGCGGGAGAGAAAGGAGACAAGGGAGAGCCUGGAGCGAGCGGGCCACCAGGACCAAAGGGAGAUCUGGGCCCUCCGGGGUUUCCAGGAUUACCGGGGUCACCUGGCAGCGAGGGGCAGCCCGGUCCCAGGGGUCCACCUGGACCUCCUGGGCCCCCAGGAACCUCAGCACGAGGCCUCUCCAGGGCGUUUGAGGAUCUGGAAGGAUCGGGCUUGCUGGAUGAUUUCGGAGCCUCCACUGGUCCUCGGGGCCCGCCAGGAAUCCCCGGACCUCCAGGACCCAAGGGAGAAGAUGGUUUAGAAGGGCCCCCGGGAAAGCCAGGCCAAAAGGGGGAGCUAGGUGUCAGAGGACCAUCGGGUCUCCCUGGCCUGGAUGGAUUGAAAGGAGAACAGGGAGCAAAAGGGAACAAAGGAGAUCCAGGACUAAAGGGAGAACGUGGCCAGGAUGGGCUCAGUGUUGUUGGUCCUCCCGGACCCCCUGGACCUCCAGGGCCGGUUAUCAACCUCCAGGAUCUUCUGCUUAAUGCGACAGACGGUGCCUUCAAUUUCUCAGGGAUUUUUGAAACUCAGGGUCCCGCUGGACCAAAAGGUCCAAAAGGCGACAUCGGACUGCAAGGUUUAGCAGGACACCAAGGAAUAAAAGGUGAAAAGGGUGAGCCUGGAUUAGUCGUCACUGCAGAUGGAUCCUUAAUGUCAGAUCUGUCUCGAGCUGUGGGAACCAAAGGAAUCAAGGGAGAUAACGGCGUUCCCGGAGCCCGUGGAGUUGCCGGGCCAAUUGGACCACCAGGACCCAAAGGAGAAAUCGGUUUCCCUGGACGACCAGGUCGUCCUGGCUUGCUGGGACCUAAAGGACAGAAAGGGGACCCACAGGGCCUGCCAGGACCUCCUGGACCUCCCGGACCCCCUGGCAAGCCAGGAAUAUUUAGCUGCCCCAAAGGAACGGUGUUCCCCAUCCCUCCCAGACCAAACUGCAAAAUGCCAAACAUCUUCAGGGAGUUUCCAAAAUAUUCCUGCAUGCUGCAUGUGAACAACAGGAGGGUGGAGGCUCAGCUGGCGGAGCUUCAUCCCAACGGAACAAUUGCAACAGGUAACUGCCUCCAAGGACCAAAAGGAGAGAAGGGGGAAACGGGUCCUCCAGGGUUACCAGCGCCCCAAAGUUCAUUUUUCCCCAGAGGAGGAUGGGAGGUAAAGGGCGAAAAGGGCAUCCAGGGGGAGAAGGGAGAAAAGGGAGAGGUCGGGUAUCCAGGACAACCGGGCAUACCUGGGAGGUCCGGACUGGUGGGUCCCAAAGGAGAGUCGGUGCUCGGACCCCCUGGCCGCCCAGGGAUGCCUGGUCCCCCCGGCGUUCCCGGCUAUGGCAGACCUGGUGGCGUCGGCCCACCUGGACCACCAGGUCCACCGGGACCACCUGGACUGUCCCAUAGAUACGGCUCAGCGUUCACCGUCGCUGGCACCCCUGGACCUCCCGGACCACCCGGACCCCCCGGGACCCCAAGCAACUCUGCGUUUCUGAAGACCUUUUCGACUCGAGAGAGUAUGAUGCAACAGACGUCGAGGGACGGAGAGGGGUCUCUGGCUUACGUCAAAGCAACGGGAAGUCUCUUCCUGAAGGUUCCCCAGGGCUGGAAGGAAAUACAGCUUGGCAGCCUGAUCUACCUCUCCAACAACAUCAUUCCACAAGAUGAGCCUCGACUUACAUAUCAAGUAAGAGGAGAGACGGUGCAGAGAGUCCGAUCCGUCAAAGAGAGGCUAAACCUGGUGGCCUUGAAUCAGCCGCACUCAGGGAACAUGAUGGGGCUCGACAUGGCCGACCGGAUGUGCUACGAGCAGGCCAAGGCCAUGGGUUUGGCCCCCAACUACCGCGCCUUCAUUUCGUCCAGCAAGCAAGACCUGGUCCAUGUCGUCUACCCCGGGUUCCGGGACUCGCUGCCAGUAACCAACCUCAGGGGAGAUGUGAUGUUCAGGAACUGGCAGUCCAUUUUCAGCGGCAACGGGGGGCCAGUGAAUCCCAGGAUACCCAUCUACUCCUUUGAUGGCCGGGAUGUUUUAGCUGAUCCCUUCUGGCCCAAGAAAAGCAUCUGGCACGGUUCCACCAGCAGGGGCCUCAGAGUCGUGGACAAACACUGUGAGACGUGGCAAGCAGACGACUUCUCAGUCAUGGGUCAGUCCUCCAGCCUGACCUCAGGUCUGCUUCUUGGCCAGCAGACGAGAAGCUGCUCCACCGAGUACAUCGUCCUUUGCAUCGAGACCUACAAAAACUCUUAACUUGUGUCUCUCCGAGACAGAAACCUGCUUGGACAUAGUAAAUAUCAAAGACUCUUUGAAGAUGUAAUUUCCAGCUUUGGUGCUACGUGUAGCUGUUUGUGGUCUUAAACCAAGAUCGUCUUGUUAGUUUUCUGAGUUCCGAGAUCAGAUAGUUGUUGGCAGGAGUAUGACCCCAGACCUCUAUCUGAAGGUCUCUUCAGGUAAGAUUCGGUUUGGAAACAAGGAUCACAGAAUGUCUUUAUUUAUUAUGAAGCAUUUAAGAGAUUUCCAACCUGGUAGCACACACAGGAAUUAAAGAGAAAACACAGAAGGUAAGAGCUUGGACUUUGAAACUAUGAACAAGAAACCGCCGUAGCAAUGCAAUUCUACAUGCGACACCUCAGCUGCAUUGAUAUAAAGUACCACACAAUCCCUUUUCCUUACGGCGGCUUGCAAAAGUAUCGGCAUUUUUGACGUUUUGUUGCCUUACAGCCUGGAAUUAUCACCAGAAUUUUUGCGAGUUUGCACCAUUUAAUUUACCAUACAUGUCUACAACUUUGAAGAUGUAUGUCGGGUUGGUGAGUUUUGUUGGACAGGCUCUUUCUUGGCAGGUUUGUGGUGGUACCAUGUGCUUUCCAUUUGAAGAUGAUGGAUUUGGUGCUGCUCUGGGGGACAUCAAAGAUUAGGGAUAUUGCUUCAUAACCUUACCCUGACUUGUACUUCUCAACUGAGUUGUUGGGAGAGCUCAUUGGUCUUUGUGGUGCUGCAGCAUCUGGAGUCUUUCAGAAAACGCGUGUUUAUACCAACAGAUCAUGUGACACACAGAUUAUACAUAAGUGCAUUACAGGUUGGAAUGCAACAAAACGGGUUAAAAAAAA